AUGUCUUCGAUCUUGCUUUUUGGUGUGACAGGCCUUGUUGGCUCUCAUCUGGUUUUGGCCCUCAAGAACGAAUACCCGAAUAUUCCAGUCACAGUAUUUUUGCGGAAUAAUUCCCUCGACACCUACCUGUACGAAACAGCCGGUGUUAAACGGAUCGUGCAUGGCACUUUCGACGAGAAGGACAAGAUCGCCGCAUUAGCCAAAGAACAUGACAUUGUAAUCAACGUUGGUUCGUCAUGGGAUGUGCCCCUGAGCGAGGCGAUUGUGGAAGGGCUGAACCGGCAACCGGAAGAGAAGAAGAAAACCCUGAUUCAUAUGAGUGGAGCUGGUAACUUUGUGGACAAGAGGUGGACAGAUGGGGCGUUCCACGAGCAAGCGAAGAUCUGGAAUGACAAAAAUCCGGAAGACAUGAAGCUUAUCAACCCCUCCAUGUUAAAUGGCGGGCCUGACACUGUAGUCUUGAACGCUGGCAAACGAGGCAAUAUCGGGACCUACAUUGUCUUCCCCUCAGGCAUAUACGGCGAAGCCGCGGGCCCAAUCCCAGCCCUGGGAGUGGUCCAGCUCAUCUACCGGGAGAAAGCCAGGGAGCUGGGAUUUGUGCCGUACGUUGGAGAAGGAAGUGCCAUCUUCAAUUGUCUCCAUGUCAACGCCAUUGCCCCCUUCAUGUUGAAGGUCUUGGACCUGGCAUUGCACGAGGAUACACCUCAAGGAUCUGUCUAUGAGCGAUGUUUCCUGAUCGGCGGGCCAGAAAUUGCCUGGAAGGAGGCAUCAGAAGCUUUUUCGAAGGCUUUGCAUGCGGAAGGAAUCGUGCCGAGCUCUCAGGCCAGAAGUGUGACUUUGGAGGAAGCAGGCGAGGGCGAGUUGCCGAUGUUGAUGGCAAGCAAUGUGAAGUUUGUGUCUCAUCGCGCAGAAGGAUUGGGUUACGUGCAUAACGAAGUUGGGCUGGUGGAAUUCUUGAGCAAGUUGAGAUAAUAAUCCCGGUGGUGAG